GGCUUAACACCACACUUAGAAAAAAAAAGCUAAAUUUCCCAUUGGAUUAUCCAACAAAUGCAAAAAGAAAGAAAAGUCGGCAACUUGGACAAGUGUAAGGAAGAAAACAGAGCCCCACAAAUUUUGAUGGGUCACGAGGAUGAAUGUUGUUUUAGUUGGAAAAAGGACUCCAUAGACCAUAAGCUUCUAUUCAAUUAGAUUUUUGAAUCCUCAACUUGUCUAAAGUUUCCAUCGAAAGAAACAAAUACAAAAAAAAAGCUUCCAAAUCUUUAAGCCGUCGACCCAAAUCAAGCGGCUCAACAACUAUAACAACAACACCCUUCCCUUCCACAUGUUUAUCUGAAAUCACUCCCCCAUUGAUUCUAAAUUUCCCCAUCUGGAAUACUCCCCAUUAGCGACCUUCAGAGUGUAUUGGGAACAUAGAAAACCCCCCUUCUUUUUUCUAUUUCGUUUUGUUUGCUGAUUGAUUCGAGAAGAGAUAGUACUAAGCCUCUGGAGGUUGGGGAGUUUCUUGUUUUUUCAAAUGGGUGUCUGCUUAAGUACCAGAAUCAAAGCUGAGAACUCAUGUAAUACAGGAGUGAAUUCUAAUGCUGUGAGUACUGAUGGAAACGAUAUUGGUAGUACAAAUAGCAAGAUCAAUUUGCUCUCAAUGCCACCAACUCCACGAACUGAAGGCGAAAUUUUGCAGUCUUCCAAUUUGAAGAGCUUCAGUUUCACAGAGCUUAAAGCAGCCACCAGGAACUUUCGUCCUGAUAGUGUGGUAGGAGAAGGUGGUUUUGGUUCUGUUUUCAAGGGUUGGAUUGAUGAGCAUUCCUUUGCUGCAGCCAAACCUGGCACCGGAAUGGUUAUUGCAGUCAAAAGGCUUAACCAAGAUGGUUUUCAAGGGCACAGAGAAUGGUUGGCCGAAGUGAAUUUUCUAGGCCAACUUUCUCACUGUCACCUUGUGAGGUUGGUCGGCUAUUGCUUGGAGGAUGAACACCGUUUGCUUGUUUACGAAUUCAUGCCUCGUGGGAGCUUGGAAAACCAUUUGUUUCGAAGGGGAUCCUAUUUCCAACCUCUUUCUUGGAGCCUACGCUUAAAGGUUGCACUUGGUGCUGCAAAAGGGCUGGCCUUUCUCCACAGUGAUGAAAGGAAAGUGAUCUACCGUGACUUCAAGACGUCGAAUAUCCUACUAGACUCUAAAUACAAUGCCAAACUCUCAGAUUUUGGGUUGGCUAAAGACGGCCCAACGGGUGAUAAAAGCCACGUCUCGACUAGGGUGAUGGGAACUUAUGGAUACGCAGCCCCGGAAUAUUUGGCUACAGGUCAUCUAACUACUUGGAGUGAUGUGUAUAGCUUCGGAGUUGUCCUACUAGAAAUAUUAUGUGGAAGGAGAGCAAUUGACAAGAAUCGACCAGCUAGAGAACACAAUCUUGUGGAAUGGGCAAAACCUUACCUUGCAAAUAAACGUAAGAUUUUUCGAAUCAUCGAUAGUCGUCUUGAGGGCCAGUAUUCAUUGGAUGGAGCCUACAAGGCAUCUAUGCUUGCGCUAAGAUGCCUAUCUAUUAAUCCCAAACUAAGACCAAACAUGAAUGAUGUCGUAAAAGAACUAGAGCAACUACAGGAUUCCACGUUGCCUACUAGCAACAGGAACUCAACCAAUAAUCGUCGUGCCCGAAGGCAUAGUGCUGAUGAUGCCCGUAAUCCAAAUAACGCUCAAGCUUACCCCCGGUCUCCAGUUUCAGCUCUCUAUAUAUAGGACUGUAAUCAGGCAACUAGAUUGGAUGGUUUGCAACAAAACUGAGGAUCUAAGCAGUGCACUCCAAUGUUGAAUGUACAGAAACUGUACAGUUUUCGUAGUUGAUUCGAACACGAGUAAUGUUUUGUUUCGGAUUCUUUGAUUUCUAAUGUAUGAUUUCUCUGCUGAAUGCUACCGAAUCUAGAUCGAUUAUAGCAGUUCCAUCUCUACGUUUUCGUUACCGCUGAAGCUGAGAUGGGGAAGGAUGCAUCAAAAUUUUACUUGCUGCUUCAGUUUGUAUUCUGUAAAGAAAUUGCUCGGUCGGGAUCACCUUUUUUUUUCUCUCUCUUCUUUUUUUGUGGUAGUUGGGAAGGGGAAAAGAAAUUUAGAUAGGGAAAGCUUGAAUGUAGUAGAUGACUUGAGCAAUAAUGGAACUUACCUGCUAUCAUGUUUGUUCAUGUAUUCUGGAGGUAUGGAAAGGCUAAAGUUUUUA